AUGAACAAGCUCUGCAUCGUGAUGGACUGGUGUUCAGAAGGCGACCUGUACGGGCUGAUUCAGAAGCGCCGCGGUCAGCAACUAAGUGAGGACACCAUUCUGGACUGGUUGGUGCAGAUGUGCCUGGGGCUCAAGCACGUGCAUGACAGGAAGAUCUUGCACAGAGACAUCAAGACCCAGAACGUGUUCAUGUCCACGGGCGGGCUGCUAAAACUGGGCGACUUUGGCGUGUCCAAGGUGCUCAACUCCACCUUCCAACUGGCAACCACCGCAGUCGGCACGCCGUACUACCUGUCACCGGAGAUCUGCCAGAACCGAAAGUACAACCAAAAGUCCGAUAUCUGGUCGCUGGGCUGUGUGCUGUAUGAGCUGGCGACGUUGAAACACGCAUUCGAGGGGCCCAACAUGCGGGCGCUCAUCUCCAAGAUCAUAAAGGGCAGCUACACGCCCAUGCCCUCCACCCGCACCCGGGAGCUCCGGGAGCUAUGUGACCGCAUGCUGACACUGGACUGGCAGAAGCGACCCUCCAUCAACGACAUCCUCGCCACGCCCAUCAUGAAGGCGCGCAUUCAGAAGUUCUUGUCAGCAACGCUGCAGGUGUGCAUGUGUGUGUACGUGUGUGUACGUCUAUGA